AUGUGCUGGGCAACCGGCGUGUCAAUCUCAGCUGCAGGAUUGUCGCGUGGAGUGGCCAAAUUCUUCAAAGCCCUCCAACCCAUACAACCACCUCAUUUGCAGUCAUCAGUAAGAACUGACUCACCGCGAAGAAGGUCAAUUUUGGGGUCACUCAGGAAGCCAAAAAUCAUUGGAUUGAUGCCAACAAGGAUGCCUAAUGUUUCAUCCGCCCUGUUCUUCAAGUAUAAUACCGUCUUGGGACCUCUUUACCGGGUUAUCGUUGAUACCAAUUUCAUCAAUUUUUCCAUCCAAAAUAAAUUGGAUUUUGAGAAAGCAAUGAUGGACUGCUUGUAUGCGAAAUGUACUCCAUGCAUUACGGAUUGUGUUAUGGCCGAACUUGAGAAGCUGGGUCAAAAAUAUCGUGUAGCGCUGAGGUGUGCCUUGAAGGGAAGAUUGCAAAAGAUUUUGCUUGUCAGACUUUGUCGGUCUGUUCUCAUGGUUAAUGUAGACAUGCGUGCUUGUCUAUUUGAGUGCAUGAAUACAACAAGGAACAUGUACCUUAAUUUUUAUGCUUAAAGUGUCGUUAGGUUCGUUAUCAACAUGUUGGUUGAUCUAUGAUGGAUUUGCCUUUUAUAAUAUUGGGUUGUAAAACUAUAUUGACAGUAUUAUGUGUAUUAUAACAUUCCCGGUAUUGGGAAGGGUCAAAUUACAAAGGAGACU